AAUGCACCAAUAAACCUGGAACAAAAUCGAUAAUGUUCCGCAAGCUUGGUUCUUCUGGGUCACUAUGGAAGCCGAAAAAUCCGCAUUCUUUGGAAUACCUCAAAUAUUUACAAGGAGUGCUCACAAAAAAUGAGAAAGUUACGGAAAACAAUAAGAAAAUAUUAGUAGAAGCAUUACGAGCUAUCGCAGAAAUUCUCAUUUGGGGCGAUCAGAAUGAUGCUUCGGUUUUUGAUUUCUUCCUUGAGCGGCAAAUGCUUCUUUAUUUCUUGAAAAUUAUGGAACAAGGAAACACACCACUAAAUGUACAAUUACUGCAGACUUUGAACAUUUUAUUCGAAAAUAUUCGACAUGAAACUUCACUUUAUUUCCUUCUAAGUAACAAUCAUGUAAACUCGAUUAUUUCCCACAAAUUCGAUUUACAAAAUGAUGAGAUCAUGGCUUACUACAUUAGUUUUCUGAAAACUCUUUCAUUUAAACUGAAUCCAGCUACAAUCCACUUCUUCUUCAAUGAAACGACUGAAGAAUUUCCAUUGUUGGUAGAAGUUUUGAAGCUUUAUAAUUGGAAUGAAUCAAUGGUUCGAAUUGCUGUUAGAAAUAUUCUUUUAAAUAUUGUGAGAGUUCAAGAUGAUUCAAUGAUUAUUUUCGCUAUCAAGCAUACAAAAGAAUAUCUAUCGGAGUUAAUAGAUUCUCUAGUUGGUCUCUCACUUGAAAUGGACACAUUUGUACGAUCUGCUGAGAAUGUGUUAGCUAAUCGAGAGAGAUUACGAGGAAAAGUGGAUGAUUUAAUUGAUUUGAUUCAUUAUAUUGGUGAACUAUUGGAUGUGGAAGCUGUCGCCGAAAGUUUAUCAAUUUUAGUAACAACACGAUACUUAAGCCCUCUAUUACUUUCAAGUAUAUCACCAAGAAGAGAUAAUCAUUCACUUCUACUCACUCCGAUUUCUGCGUUAUUUUUUUUCUCUGAAUUUUUAUUGAUAGUUCGUCACCAUGAAACAAUAUAUACAUUUUUAUCAUCUUUCCUAUUUGACACUCAGAAUACUUUGACGACCCAUUGGAUACGUCAUAAUGAGAAAUAUUGCUUAGAACCGAUUACAUUAUCAUCACCAACCGGAGAAUAUGUGAAUGAAGACCACGUAUUUUUCGAUUUUCUACUGGAAGCAUUUGAUUCCAGUCAAGCAGACGAUUCGAAGGCAUUCUAUGGAUUAAUGCUGAUUUAUUCAAUGUUUCAGAAUAAUGCCGAUGUUGGAGAACUUCUAUCUGCUGCCAACUUCCCAGUGCUCAAAGAAUCAACGACAACUUCAUUAGCUCAACAGAAUCUUGCUCGUCUCCGAAUAGCAUCUACGUCUUCCAUAUCAAAGCGAACGAGAGCUAUCACUGAAAUUGGAGUAGAAGCGACCGAGGAAGAUGAGAUUUUUCAUGAUGUUCCUGAAGAACAAACGUUGGAAGAUCUGGUGGAUGAUGUAUUGGUUGAUACUGAAAAUUCAGCAAUAAGUGAUCCAGAACCUAAAAACGUGGAGUCAGAAUCUCGUUCUCGAUUUCAAUCUGCUGUUGAUGAGCUUCCACCUCCGUCGACUUCUGGAUGUGAUGGUCGACUUUUUGAUGCACUUUCAUCGAUUAUCAAAGCAGUUGGAACAGAUGACAAUCGAAUUCGACCAAUUACAUUGGAACUUGCAUGUCUUGUAAUUCGGCAAAUUUUAAUGACUGUUGAUGAUGAAAAAGUACAUACCAGUUUAACGAAAUUAUGCUUCGAAGUUCGUCUAAAACUUUUAUCAUCAAUUGGACAAUAUGUUAAUGGAGAGAAUCUGUUUUUGGAGUGGUUUGAGGAUGAAUAUGCAGAAUUUGAAGUGAAUCACGUGAAUUUCGAUAUAAUCGGUCACGAAAUGCUUCUUCCUCCAGCUGCAACUCCUCUUUCGAAUCUGCUACUUCAUAAGCGAUUGCCCAGUGGAUUUGAAGAACGAAUAAGAACUCAAAUCGUAUUCUACCUACAUAUUCGAAAAUUGGAACGAGAUUUGACCGGUGAAGGAGACACAGAAUUACCUGUGAGAGUGUUGAAUUCUGAUCAGGAACCAGUUGCCAUCGGUGAUUGUAUUAAUUUACAUAAUUCGGAUCUUCUAUCCUGCACUGUGGUUCCUCAACAACUAUGUUCUCUUGGAAAACCUGGUGAUCGUCUUGCUCGAUUCCUUGUCACUGAUAGACUUCAAUUAAUUCUUGUCGAACCGGAUUCUCGAAAAGCCGGAUGGGCAAUUGUUCGAUUCGUAGGACUUCUUCAAGAUACAACAAUUAAUGGAGAUUCUACGGAUUCGAAAGUUUUGCAUGUUGUGGUGGAAGGGCAACCCUCGAGAAUUAAGAAAAGACAUCCGGUUUUAACUGCAAAGUUCAUAUUCGAUGAUCACAUUCGGUGUAUGGCAGCAAAGCAACGGCUCACCAAGGGUCGCCAAACAGCACGUGGUCUGAAACUUCAGGCGAUAUGUUCAGCUCUUGGAGUUCCACGUAUCGAUCCAGCGACAAUGACGUCAUCACCACGAAUGAAUCCAUUCAGAAUUGUGAAAGGAUGCGCACCGGGAAGUGUACGAAAAACUGUUUCCACAUCAUCAUCGUCAAGCCAAGGACGUCCCGGACAUUAUUCUGCAAAUCUUAGAUCAGCAUCUAGAAAUGCAGGAAUGAUACCAGAUGAUCCAACUCAACCGAGUAGUUCUUCGGAAAGAAGAUCCUAGGGAUCAAUAUCUCUUCAGUUUCAUCAUUUUAUGCUGUAAAUUGUAUUUAAGUAUUCCUAUUCUUUGUAGUACUGUAUUUACACAUCGUCUAGUUAAAAUCACAAAUCUCCGAAAAAACAAACCAGUGAACAUGUGAUAUUUCUCUUGCCCAUAGUUCUCUUUUUUUUUUGAAACAAAAACAAUUACUUUUAUGCUCACCUAUUCGAGCCAUAUUUUUUUCCCAAUUACCGGUUGUUUAUUUUAAUUU